AUGGCAAGGAAAUGCUCAGCUCAAGGGCUGAAGAAAGGCAAGCAAACACAAUUCCUCCUUGUGAAUCAAGCAGAUCUAAAGGGAGUAGAACAAGCAAAGGAGAAAGAAAAUCUCCAAUCAAAGAAUCAGGACCAAGUCAAGGGAAUCCGUCCGGAGGUCUAUCCUGAAGAAGGAUGGAAGCCCGAGGAGGACGUUGAGCUAGUACCCCUUGAUCCUGACAAGCCAGAGAGAACAGCGCAGAUCGGCUCGGGCCUAAGCCAGGAGGAAAAGGCAGAGCUUGUAGCCUUCCUCCAGAACAACAAAGACGUAUUUGCAUGGUCACCAUCUGACAUGCCUGGCAUCGAUCCCCAGAUAAUAUGCCAUCGCCUACACGUCAACCCAGCCAUCAAGCCUGUAGCACAGAAGAGACGCAACUUCGCCCCCAAGCGGGUCGCCAUCAUUGAAGCCGAGAUAGACAAGCUUCUAGCUGCCGGUUUCAUUGAAGAAGUCUCAUACGCAGAAUGGCUGGCGAACGUUGUUCUAGUAGCAAGGAAAGAUAAAGGCCUGCGGAGAGUGUGCGUCGACUUUACUGACCUCAACAAGGCAUCUCCUAAAGAUAACUUUUCACUGCCGAGAAUUGAUCAGCUCGUUGAUUCAACUUCCGGCAAUCAACUGCUAAGCUUCAUGGACGCCUACUCCGGCUACAACCAAACCAUGAUGCAUAAAGACAACAAGGCAAAGACCUCUUUCAUCAUCGAAAGAGGUACCUACUGCUACAAGGUCAUGCCCUUUGGGCUGAAGAAUGUCGGGGCAACCUACCAAAUGCUGGUGAACAAAAUUUUCAAGGAGCAAAUCGGCAAGACUAUGGAGGUCUACGUAGACGACAUACUAGUUAAAGCUCCCGAAUGA